CACACAUGCCAGUGUCAGUGAAUAGCUGCUCAUAGCUGCAGUUUACCGUUGGUGUUACAUGUAAAACAAGAAAUAAAAGGUAUAUAUAAGACGACGACAGAACAUGAUGAAUCAGUUCACGCGAAUUGGAAAGAGAGCGGGUUAAAAAAAAUAAAAUCAAAAUAACAGAAUGGCAACAAAGAUAACAGUUAUCGUUUUGAUGAGCAUAGUGUUUUCAAUCCAUGCUAAAAUAAUGUUGUUUGAGGACAAUAUUGGCAAUAGGAAAACAAGAGCCUGGGAUGGAACCAGAUGCAGUAAAAAAGAAGAUGCAAUUUGUUCGGAGCGUUCACAAUCGUGGUGCAAGUAUUCCAGCGUUCGUAUGCAAUGCCCAAGAUUAUGUGGAGUCUGUGCUCCAUUUACUGGUGUUUGCCCAUCCAGUUACAUAUUUGGUUGCUGUUGGGAUGGCAGUGAAUCUCUAACUACAGACAAAUCUGACUGCAAAAAGUGCCAGGAUACUAAUGAAAAAAUAUGCCAAAGGGGACAUAUAAAAGCGGACUGUGAUAUGCAACCGAACACUCCUAUGACAAGACGACUAUGCCCAUCCACUUGUGGUGCAUGUCGUGAUUACGGUAACUGAAAAAAAGUAGUGCAUACUGUAGUAAUGCUCUAUUAGUGUUUCCAGUAAGAAACAUAGAUCAUAUAUUUGUACGCCACGACAUAUUUUGUAUAAUAUAUGGAUGUAAU